CGUUCAAAGAUCAAAACUCAAUCUUCCAUCUUGAUCAAACAGCCGCUCUACAACACAAACUCCUGCAAAUAUCCGCUCAAAAAGAUGGGAACCACCACAAGAAUCCUAACCCUUUCUUUAUCUUCCACACCCACCUUCACUUUCACCAGACUCCACCAUUUUCGUAAGGUUUAUCAACGGUUUAGACCCCUCACCACCGCCGCCACCACCACCACCCCCAUAACCGAACAACCGUCAUUAGAAUCUUCAAAACACUCAAUCCUUCUUGAACGUCUGAGAAUCAAACACCUCAAAGAUUCUGUAGGCAAUACUUAUAAAGGUAAAAAAUCUCAACCUUUGGAGGGUGAAAAUGGAGAUGUGGGUGUUAAGAAUUUGGAGAAAAAGAAGGAGAAAGCUGUGGGCUUUUCAGAAUUGGGGUUGAGUGAAGAGGUUUUAGGGGCGUUAGGGGAAAUGGGGAUUACAGUGCCUACUGAGAUUCAGUGUUUGGGGAUACCUGCUGUGUUGGAUGAGAAGAGUGUGGUGUUGGGGUCUCAUACUGGCUCUGGGAAAACACUUGCUUACUUGUUGCCUCUUGUGCAGUUAUUGAGACAAGAUGAAGCAUUAAACGGCAUGGUGAUGAAGCCCAGGCGUCCACGUGCUGUUGUCCUCUGUCCAACACGGGAAUUAUGCGAACAGGUAUUUGGAGUUUCAAAGUCUAUUAGUCAUCACGCUCGGUUUCGGUCAACCAUGGUUAGCGGAGGUGGCCGUAUAAGACCGCAAGAGGAGGCACUGAACUCACCGAUCGACAUGGUGGUGGGGACACCUGGCAGGGUUCUUCAACAUAUCGAAGAGGGGAACUUGGUGUACGGUGAUAUCAGAUAUCUGGUAUUGGAUGAGGCAGACACGAUGUUUGAUCGAGGGUUUGGGCCGGAUAUCCGCAAGUUUCUUGGCCCAUUGAAAAACCGAGCUCACAAAACGGACGGCCUUGGUUUUCAAACCGUUUUGGUGUCUGCAACAAUGACAAAUGCUGUACAAAAGUUAGUUGACGAAGAGUUCGAAGGAAUUGAACAUCUUCGCACAUCAACGUUGCAUAAAAAGGUUGCUUCCGCUCGCCAUGAUUUUAUCAAGCUUUCGGGUUCAGAAAACAAGUUGGAAGCAUUACUACAGGUUCUUGAGCCAAGUUUAGCGAAGGGAAACAGAGUGAUGGUGUUCUGUAAUACGUUGAACUCUAGUCGUGCUGUCGACCAUUUUCUUAGUGAAAACCAACUAGCUACUGUUAACUAUCAUGGUGAGGUGCCUGCGGUUGAAAGGGUAGAAAACCUCAAAAAAUUUAAAAGCGAUGACGGAGAUUGCCCCACGCUCGUUUGUACCGACCUUGCAGCUCGGGGAUUGGACUUGGAUGUGGAUCAUGUUAUUAUGUUUGAUUUUCCAUCGAACUCGAUUGACUACCUUCAUCGAACCGGAAGGACUGCCCGCAUGGGAGCAAAAGGAAAAGUAACGAGUCUAGUUACUAAAAAGGACCUCACGUUAGCAACCCGUGUUGAGGAAGCCAUGAGGAAAAACGAAAGCUUAGAGUCUCUCACCGUAAAUAACGUUCGAAAAGACGGUAGCAGGCCAAAACUUCAAGGACAUAAAGGUACAAAGUCGGUCAAAGUCAAAGUGUCCGAUCAGAAAAACAACAAACCGCUUAGAACCGCAAAAUCAUCCACCAAAGGAAGCUCACUGGGGUCCACAAGAUCUAGUAAAGUAGUUAGCUUUUCGAAAUCACCAACGAAAAGAAACUCAUCAGCGCCCAAAUCCGGUAAAGUAGUUGACUUUUCCAAAUAUAAAAAAACGACGACGAAAGGGUCCGCUAAACCGUCGAAGUUCUCGAAACCAAGUAACCCGAAACGACCAGUAUCGAAAGUUGGUGGUAAAACUCGCACAGUUAGUCAAUCCGGUUUCGUGAAAUCUUCCUCAAAGCUAAAUGUUGUUGGAUUUAGGGGGCGGAGCUCAGCGAGGGCUAGUUGACCGGUCAGCCAAGUAUGGUAAGAGCAAGAAGCCUUGGUUUAGGCGGAACAAUAUUUCCUUCAGCAUCAUAGAUUAUGACCCCCGAAAAAUCCGGUAGUUGACACUUUCCGCCCAUAAGUAUAUUCUUUUGCCAAACAGAUUCCUCUUCUUCUUCUUCAUUUUCGUCGUCACUUUGAAACGCACGAGUCACGCCUCCAUUGUUGAGCUGUAUGACGGGUUCUUCAUAAUCGUAACUAUAGCAAGCUUUUAAACGGUGAACCCAUUUUCCGGAAUGACCAGCACACAUGAACAAUGUGAAUGCGCAAAAGAAAAUCGAGCCGAUGGCUAGGCUUAGGUGUGAUGCACCGGGUAGAAGGUGGUCCGGGAUUGGUCGAGCCAUUGGUUCUUUUUUUUUUUGUUUUUGUAGUUGAUAAGAAUGAUAAGUGUUGUUGAAGAUUUUGCAUGGGAACUCAUGUUUUAUAGUGCAACUGUGUGGAUUGGUUAAGGUUUUUGAUAUGGGUUUAGGUGGACUAA